AUGCUAAAAUCGUUGUCAUUCUUCUUUCUAUCUCUCUGUUUUGCUUAUGGCAAUGAGUCAUGUGGUCGGAAGGAGAUGGAAGACACAAUAUGCAGCCUCUGUGGACAAAGAAGUGGAAGUCAAACAACAGGAUCUGGUAAACAAAUUGCAUUUUAUGCGUAUAUGUCCAAUAACGUUCAGAUCAAGACAUUAUCCAAGCACAAAAUAUUUGUUUACGAUCGUGUUGAGACAAACAUUGGAAACGGAUAUGACGCCAAAUCCGGAAAGUUCAUAGCUCCAGAAAGCGGGGUUUACGUCAUACACUCAACUACUGUUUCGUACGAUAGAUCCUACAGCAUCAUAGAGAUAGUGCAAAAUGACGUAAUUAAAGACAUAGCGCUUGCUGAUUCCUACAGUCAUGGGGAUAGAGACUCCUCCUCUACAUUAACCAUUUUGAAUUUAAAGAAAGGAGAUGUUGUGAAUGCCAGAGUCGGUCCGACGUAUGGAGGACAUUACCUAGAGAGCAACAUAUAUGCACGAAUGAGUUUUUCCGGAUUUAAACUUAUGUAA